GAUCCAUAAAAUCCAGAUAUUUGACCAAGUAUUUAUAAAGAAAUCAGUGCCAGUUCACAGCAGAUAUAGUCCAAAGUUCAAAGUUCACAGCAGAUAUAGCAUAGCAUAUAAGGUGGUCAAAAUAGCAUUAUAAUAAUUGUAACAUUGAGAAGGGCUGGCUUCAAAGUCCAAAGUUCCAGUCACCUUCCCAUUUCUGGACAAGGAACACAAUUGAAAGGCCUUGCAUUAAUCCUCUCUACCUCUCUACUCCAUUUUUUGGUCUUACAAUUUUCCAGAGCAGCUGAUACAAUCUCUGCAGUACAAUCCAUCACCAGCACUAAUUCCUUGGUUUCUUCCGGCCAAAGCUUCGAAUUAGGACUUUUCUCCGCGGGAAAUUCAGGGGCCUGGUAUUUAAGAAUAUGGUACAAGAAUUUUCCAAAUAUUGUUGUAUGGGUUGCCAACAGAGAAAAUCCAGUUGCAGAUUCACAUGGAUCCUUGAAAUUAUCCAAAAAUGGAAGUCUUGUCCUUUUAGACCAAAUGAACAAUACUAUUUGGUCUUCCACUUCUUCCCAAGUAGCAGAAGACCCUGUCGCACAACUUUAGGAGAAUGGAAACCUGGUUGUCAGAGAAAAGGCUACAACAGAUUCAGAAAGCUACAUAUGGGAAAGUUUCAAUUUACCAUCAGACACUCUGCUACCAGAAAUGAAGUUGGGGUGGAACUUCAGGACAGGCCUUAACAGAUUCUUGACUUCUUGGAAAAAUGCUAGCGACCCUUCUCCUGGAGAAUAUACUUAUGGGAUGGAUAAUGUUCUGUUGCCUCAGCUUGUUAUUGCCAAAGGAUCAAAGAAAAUGUUCCGAACCGGACCUUGGAACGGUCUUUGGUUUACUGGUACUCCUGGUUUAGCAGCUACAUACAGAUCUGUCGUGAAACCAAUUUUUGUGUAUAAUACGAAUGAGUUGUACUAUUCAUAUGAGUCUUUUAAUAGUUCUACCAUCACAAGAUUGAAGCUGAGUGAAUCGGGUUUGAUCCAGAGGCUAGUGGUCACCGAAGGAAGCACUGAAUGGGCUGUUAUGUAUACUUUGCAGAAUGAUGAGUGUAAUAGUUAUGGACUGUGUGGAGCAAAUGGCAUUUGCAGAAUUAGUAAAUCACCCAUUUGUGAGUGCUUGCACGGGUUUGUUCCGAAAUCACCAGACGAAUGGGGAGUGCUGAUUGGACAAGUGGGUGUAUCAGGGAGACACCACUGAGUUGCCAGAAAGGAGAAGGGUUUUUGAAAGUUCGAAAUGUGAAUGUUGAAAGUUAAACCAAGCAGGA